CCGAAAUAACAACACAUUUCCUAGUUUUAAUCUCAACAAAUGUUGUUCUAAAUCAUGAUAUAAAUAAAUGUCUAUUGCAAGGCAAAGCUAGGAUUCAUUCAUAAACACAUAGUCAGCUAAUUGUCCUUAAUUUGAUCAUUAAGGAAUAAUAAUGAAGAAUGUCAAUAAUAGCUUCCUUGUUUGGAUUUCUUUGGGGAUAUUAAUCGUCAUGCUCUUCAACCCCGCCAAUGCCGAAAAUACAAAGCAACCAAGAAGAAAUGUCAAUCUAAGUCCUUUUGAGAGUUGGAGGAGUGCUUACUUCUGCUUGAUGAAUCAAUCAAAUGCUUGCAACCACAAAACCAAUUACAUAAUCACAUUAAAUGGCACUUUAAAUGUGCAAGACUCAGAAAUCAAAGACUUCUGUACGAAUGGUUGCUAUGAUCACACAUUGUUGGUUUUCAAAUGUAUCCAAGAUGUCAAGAAAGAUUUCCAUUUUGCAACAAAAGCACACAUCUCCUUUGUCAAGAAUGUUACAAUUAAUGCUUGCGAUGUACUUAAAGGUUUUGAUACAAAGUAUAAGAAUCCUAACAGCGCCACAAGUUUGUAUGGAAGAAUUUAUAUGCCACUUAUUUCAACACUAAUGACAAUGACCUUCAUUGCCACCUUUGGUGUGUGACAGUUUUCUAAGCCAUGACCCAGUGGAUUAUGGAGGCAGAGGAUGAAAUGGCAGAUACAAAUUCAAACUUUUUAGAAUGGUCACAUUUAUUGAAUUAGAUGUCACUGAUAAUAUUGCAUAAAAAAAAUUUGUGUAUUCAUAUACAAAUAAAUAAGCAGCAAUGUUGUGGUAAUUCAUAUUAACAUGUGCUCUUAGGACAUUUGUUAGUUAAUAUAUAAUGUGAUUUUUGUUUUAAUUCCUUACCAUAAAAUUUGAUAGUUAAAAUUAUGCUCAAAUGAAGAUGAGC